AUGGGUUCAGUCAACGUGCCCUAUUCUCCUACCAAUGAAGCUCAACGAAUUCUAGGCUUCUUGUGCAAACAAUCGCAAGCCUUGAAUUUGCCUGAUGCGGUAGUCGAGAAUCAGGAUGCAGUCUCUUUCAAUUCCACUACCAACUCUAUCUAUUUCCCCAUUCCGUUCAAGGAGACUGAGACUCUGGCCGCGUUGAAGGCUGUGGAAGGGCUAGUAGCGGGAGAGAUUGCGAAUCUUCGAUAUGGAGCGCCAUCUCAGAGAAAGAGGUGUGUAGAGAUUAGCUUAGAGGCAGCCACAUAUUUUGCAUGCCAGGCUUAUAUGGCCAAGGUUGGGGGUUUGGGGAAGCUGGAUCCUGGUGUGAAGACGAAACUUAAAGAUACCGAUCUCCUAGCUGCUCAAUCAAAUGGGUACAGAAGAAUGUCUGCCAAUCUGUACAAGACUAAGGAUGAGCGAUUCUUCCACAUUCAUGGCUCCCUAGAAGCUACUACGACCCUCAAUAUGAUCGGUCUGGAAGGCCAUAGGCCAGAAUUGACUGAUUAUGAGGAGAUUAUCAAGACUAUUGAAGAAAAAGUGCAGAAAUUUACCGCAGCAGAACUGGAAACCAUGAAUGCGGAACGGAGACAGGCUGGUGUUACGGCGUAUAAAUAUGAGGAUUUCGUCAAAACACCUCAUGGUCAAAUUAACGUAAAAGAGUCGCCAUGGAGUGUCAACCCCCUCAAAGGCACCAUACCCCCAACCAAAUUUCCCCCUGCCCCAGCAGGAAAUUACAAAAUACUCAGAGGCAUCAAAGUCCUCGAACUCUGCCGCAUCAUCGCCGGACCAACCAUCACCCGUAUCCUGGCCGAAUACGGCGCAGAUGUCCUCAAAAUCACCAGCCCGAAUCUGAGUGACGUGCCGUUUUUCCAGGUUGAUGGAAACAUGGGCAAGCAUGCGGCUGAUUUGGAUCUGAAGACCCCCGAGGGAAAAGCGGAGUUUGAGAAGUUAGUAGCUGGCGUUGAUGUAUUUGUGGAUGGAUAUCGACCUGGUGCUCUUGAAAAGCUCGGGUAUGGUCCGGAGAAAUUGGCUGAGUUGGCUGAGAAACGAGGAAAAGGGAUUGUCUACGUCAAUGAGAAUUGUUUUGGGUAUAAAGGGGAGUGGGCAGGUAGACCGGGAUGGCAGCAGAUUGCAGAUUGUGUAACCGGCGUGGCAUGGGCACAAGGGCAAUUUAUGGGCCUCAACACGCCCGUCGUCCCUCCCUUCCCGAUCUCAGACUACGGAACAGGCUGCAUGGGUGCCAUCGCAGCAUUGACAGGUCUAUACCACCGUGCAACAAAAGGAGGUUCUUACCACUGCACAUCCUCACUUAUGCAAUACGAUCUUUUGCUGUUUGCAAUCGGACAGUAUUCCGCAGAGACGCAGGACCAGCUACGAAAGGAACAAUUACCCGAAUUCUUUGCCUUAAGACACCACGACAGCGUCGAUAGGAUAUCAGCCACGACGUUGCAGAUGCUUCGAAAGCGAUUUCCGGACUUGUUCGUUGCUGAUUCUUCGAAAUCGUCGCCGUAUACGGAGAAAUGGUUCGCGGAAAAGUAUGGUGAGGAAAUUGAAGUUGUCAAGCCGGUGGCGAAGAUUGAGGGUGUAGAGAAUGGGUUUGUUCGUGCUAGUCGGCCGAAUGGGAGUGAUAAACCGCUUUGGGAGGAUUUUGAGGUUGACGAGAAGGACUACCGGAUUUAG